AUGCCUAAUAAAGGAGGCUGGAAGUUUAGGAAACCUCGAGGCUCCAGAGCUUGUACAGUUUGUCGCUUAAGAAAGGUUAGAUGUGAUGCAGAAACACAGAUGCCAUGUUCGAACUGCAUUUCGUUCGGCUCAGAUUGUCGGUUUCCUGAACCUAGAAGAAAGAAGGGAAGCAAUAACGCAACUAGCGCAUCUCAACCUAAUAGUCCUGCGGUUCAAUUAGGCGAUAGAGUGAAUAAUUUGCCAAUGGUAAAUGCCUAUGGUGGGUCGAUUCCAUCAAAUAAUUUUUCAACGAUAGCACUCAAUAAUACGUAUAAUGAUGUAAAUACGCCAGUUCCACAAACAUUUCAAUUGCCACAAGCUGGACAAGUUAAUCAUUUGAAUAAUCGGGUUCCUCAUCAGCAUAUAAUGCUGCAGCAAGUGCAGCAAUUCUCGCCGAUGGCACAAGAUCAUAAUAUACAACAAAUGCAAGCGCAGACACAGGCACAAAAUGGCAACCAAAUGGUCAGUAUGCCGUCAAGUCAACAGUAUAUGCCAACGUCUAAUCAGCCAUAUGCCACUUCUCUGAGCAACCCGCACUUCAUGCCGUCUCUGUCAAUUCAGCUGCAUGGCCAACCGUGGAUGCAACAUCAGACAAACAAGAUUGACAAUAUCCCAUCGUAUGUUCCUAAUGACCCGUUGUCUAAUAUAUCUGUCAGAAAUGUGAUGCCUCAGUAUAACCCAUCUGACACAAGUACUCCGUCUAAUAAUGGUGUCAAGGUAGCGCUGAGCAGGAAGUUAAGUAAGUAUUUACAUUUGGGUCCUUCGUCUUGUUAUUCCUAUUUUGCUGAUGACGGAUACUUCAAGAGAAGUGAGGAUAAAGCGGGCGAGCAUGUUGCAGAAAUGGGAUAUAACAUGUCCUCUAGUAUAGAUCCAAGAGAAAUCAUGACUGAAUUACAAGUAUUGAACAUAAAGGGUGCAUUUAGUUUACCUCAUAGAUCUGUUAUGUUAAAUAUAUUUGAAGCAUUCUUUGAUAACAUUUAUCCGCUGAUCCCCCUAAUUAAUAAGGAUAUAUUCAUGAACCAUUUUAACGAUCCAAAUCCGGACAGGCAACCUCCCUUAAUGUUAAUACAGGCUAUCCUUUUGGCAGGAUCAAAAUACUCCCAAGACCCAGCGAUUGUUGACUCUAACAACAAUAGUGCAGCUGCAAGUUUUGCAUUUUAUCAAAGAGUUAAAUCAUUAUACGAUUCCACUGUAAAAUUUGAAUAUGUUGGUGACGGGGAUGAUGAUGAAGGGCAUCUAGCGUUUAGUUAUCCGACAAUAUUAGUUCAGAUUUCUUGCUUAUUGUCGUGGCACUGGGUAGAUCCAGAAGAUGUAUCUAGGGGUAUAUAUUUCUGGAUUAGAAAUGCCAUUACAAUAGCCCAGACAUUCGGAUUUCAUACGAAUAUGGAAGAAGCACCAUUUGUUCAGCACUUAUUAAACAAGUAUAAAGAUGAUGAACUACAAACCUAUAAAAUUCAUCAACAGAUAUUCUAUUGGAAAAAGAUUUGGUGGUGGUUAUUUUGCAGAGAUAGAUCUGCUGCGAUUAGUUUUGGAAGACCCUUAACAAUAAAUAUGCACGAAACAUCUUGUGAUGUACCCACCAUGCAUGAUUUUGAAAAGUAUGAAUCCGAGAAUUGGUCUCUUGAUAAUAAAGAAGACCGACUUCUUGCUGAGUAUUUCAUUCAUACCAUUUACUUGUCAGAGAUUUUGGGCUUGGUAAUACAAGAACAAUAUCAUACCAGGCGUGCGCAACAUUCAGAGGUUACCAUGUCCAGGAGUACCAAAGUCGUAAAACAAUUAAACUUGUUGAUGGGUAUAUUCUUUAAACAAUUACCAAGUGAGCUUAAAUUUACUGCUAAUGAUUCUAAAUCAAUGAAUGUAUUUUCUUGCUUAUUAGGCACCGUUUAUUAUAUCACGCUCUACCAUAUCAAUAGAGUGAAACUAAUUGCCAUUCAGGGGGAUGACAAUAAGUAUUGGGGGAUUUCUUUUCAAGCUGCAUAUAUGACAUCACUCAUCGCUCAAUAUUUAAGUGAUAGGAUGAGUUCGGGAGAGAAGUUAAUGUUAUCCCCUCUGUUGGUAUAUACUAUGUCCAUGGCAAUGAUUAUACUAUCAUUCCACACAGACUCUAGUAAUAAGAUUGUAUCCCAAACUGCAUCGAAACAAAUGCAUGUAUGUUUAAAUUUCUCGAGACAAUUUCAUGCUUCGUGGCCAGGUGUUACUUAUCUGUUAGUUACAUUUUUUACCGAAAGAUUGAACAGAGAAGAUAAAAAGGAUGAAAUGGUUUCAAGGGCAAAAUCCGUAUUGAUCAAGAUAUGUCAGGAUUUCAGAUCAGACGAAGACAAAGGAAAGCCGGGUCAUCUGAAAAAUCUGAAAUCGUUUGAUUUAAACUUUUUGCUAAAUGAAACCAACGAUCAAACUGUCUCUGAUACUUCAGGUGACGAAGAUUAUGCCUAUGACAAGGAAGAUGAAGACUUGAGUUUGCCUAUGCACAAUAUUGUUACCAUUGAACUUCCACCAUCAGAUUCCGAAUUCUGUAAGACAUUUAAUGCUACACACUUAUUUCCUAAGGGCACAGGAAAGAACCACACCAUCUCGCCUACGCCAACCCCAUUACAAUCCCCUCUAUCUACAAAAGUAAACCCCCAGGAACAGUUUCAUUCACAUUCAGGGCCAUCUAAUAUGCAACUACAGCCACCCAAUGAUGCUAAUGCCUCCGGAUCGCACAACGGUAUCUCCGAUCAACAACUAUUUUCUGAAAAUUUCCCUGGUGCUUUUGUCGCAAAUUCAAAUGCAUCCACUACUACCCCAGUCCAUUCCUCAGCUGCAUCAUUUGGAACUGAUAACAUUCCACUAUAUCCUACGGCACCUGAUGCUCCAAUGUACCCAUUUCCUCCACCAGCACCCCAGCCUACCACGCUUGAUUUUCAGGAUAAUGCUGUCUUGGAUAGUCAGUACUUCCUAAACGUGAAUAGCGGUGUUAAUUGGAAUACUUAUAAUAUUUAA